UUGAUAAGUUCCCAACACUUUAGUAGUACAAUAACCUUCCAACGCGCCACGUGCGAAAUCGUUUCUCUGUAAUUUUUUAUCACACUAUGAGUAAGCUGACAGCAAAAAUUGUUGUGAUCGGCGCUGGCGCUUCAGGAAUAGCAGCUGCAACUAAACUUCUACAAUCUGGUUUCCAGAAUGUCAUCAUUUUAGAAGCUGAAGAUCGUAUUGGUGGGCGCAUUUAUACAAUUCCAUUUGGUGAAAAUGUUGUCGAUUUAGGCGCGCAAUGGUGUCACGGUGAGAAGGCAAAUGUCAUUUACGAAAUGGUCGAGCAUAUGAAUCUCUUAGACACAAACGGAACUAUAUACGAUGAUUAUAAAAGCAUUCGAUCGAAUAAAGAAGUUCUGUCAGAUUCAGUAAAUGAUGCGUUAAAAUCGAUUGUCUUUGGUACACAAGAGAGUCGAUUUGAAGAGCUCAUUGGUUAUGAGGGUUCUUUUGGAACUUAUCUCACAGAGAAAUUCUACAAAGAACUCCAGAGACCAGAGUUUGACAGUAUUGACAGGGUAGUGGCUAAGGAAUUCUUCGAAAACUAUAAGAAGAAUGAAUGUUCGACUGAAGCAUCUGACAGUUUAUUCGAAGUCUCCAGUCCUGGACACUUGGAAUAUUGGGGCUGUGAUGGAGACUUGCUGUUGAAUUGGAAAGAUAAGGGUUUUGUAAAGUUCCUACAAAUUCUAAUGAAGUCAUCUGAAUCAAGUGAGCUAGGGAUACUUGAUGGACGAGUAAAAUUGAAUAGAAGAGUCGAAAGAAUAAUCUGGGAUCCAAGUGGAAAGGCAAAAAUACUCAUCAAAAACUGGAAUGGGGAACUCAUCAAAGCCGAUCAUGUUAUCUGCACUACGUCCCUGGGUGUUCUGAAAGAGAACCACUCAAAAAUGUUCAGUCCACAAUUACCGGAGCCAAAAUUGUGUGCAAUAGAAGGUUUAAAUCUAGGAACAGUUGAUAAGUUUUUCCUAGAGUUCGAUCAACCUUUUGGACCAGAAGACUGGUCCAGUUUCUGUCUCCUCUGGACAGAGAAAGACCUCGAGGAACUUCGAAAUUCUCAUCGUUUUUGGUUGGAGAAUGUCUUUGGUUUCUUUAAAGUCCCCUAUCAGCCAAUUAUCAUAGCCGGUUGGAUUAUUGGAUCGAAUGCACGUCACAUGGAAACCCAGCCCGAGGAUGAAGUAUUAGAAGGAAUAAUGUGGCUAUUGCAGAAAUUUCUUUCAUUUAAUGUUCCAAUGCCAAAAAAUUUCCUACGAACUCAAUGGUAUAGCAAUCCAAAUUUCAGAGGUUCAUAUACAUUUCGUUCGAUGUUGACUGAAGAGCUAAAGACUGGAGCUAAUGAUCUGACAGAACCACUUGCUGCCCCAAAUGGAAUGCCAAUUUUGCAAUUUGCCGGUGAAGCAACUAGCCCACAUUAUUACUCAACAGUUCAUGGUGCUGUGGAGAGUGGUUGGCGGGAAGCACAACGCCUGAUAAAUUAUUACUCAACUAAACUAUCGCAGCUUUGAUAACAAACAAAUACGAAUGAAUGUACAACUUUUUUGUUUGUGUUAUAUUUUUAGAAUUAUAUGUAAUAAAUAGUUGCUGAGUGAAAGAAAGUAGCAUCAAGUAGUGUGUAUUGAUGAAAUAAAUACAAAUAUUUUUACUCGAACUAAAA